AUGGAUUUGACCGGGGUUGCCUUAAUCACGGGGGCAGCGUCCGGCAUCGGUAAGGCGACCGCUCUACUCUUCGUGGCGGAGGGCUGCAGACGACUGGUUCUUGCCGAUGUAAACCGCGAAGGCCUUGAAAAGUCGAAGGAGGAGAUAGCGGCAGAUCAGCCCGAUGUGGUCGUCCUGGCCGUUCAAACAGACCUCAGGAGUGAAGACUCAGUGGAUAAUUGCGUUGAGCAGGCAAUUGUCAAAUUUGGAAGGAUUGAUUACUGCUGCAACAUUGCAGGAAUCACGCUCGGGGGCAUCACGACAGAGGUCAAGACGAGUGAUUUCGACCUACAGUACGAGGUGGAUUUACGAGGAGUGUUCUUCUGCGAGAGAGCACAACUACGAGCAAUGUUGAAACAAGAGCCUGUCAAGCCCAAGCACUCGGAACAUCCUGUCAAGGGAGUCAUAGUCAAUGUGUCGUCCAUGGCUGGAUUAUUUCCAUAUCCGGGCCUCCCCUCCUACGCGGCAUUCAAGCACGGCGUCUGCGGGCUGACCAAGUCAGAUGCAAUGGAAUAUGGGCCGAAAGGAAUACGCAUCAAUGCAGUUUGUCCCGGAGGUGUCAAGACAAAUAUCAACAGAACCCUGUCCGCUGAAUAUCAGGAGAAAAUUAAAGGUGCCCAGAAUAUUGUCGCUCUGAGAAGGUUUGCAGAACCCAAAGAGAUUGCUGAAGCUAUUGCCUGGCUCUGUAGUGGGCGCUCUUCCUAUGUGUGCGGCAGUACGAUCUCAAUUAACGGAGGUCGAGAGGGCGCUUCAUAG